AGGAUCAGCUGAACAGGAUGACGUUCAUUGAGUUUAACCAGUAAGUUGAUAUUCUGAUGAUGUCGAUGGUUUUUGUGGCCUCAUUUCAUCCGUAACCUUUUCCUAUUUUACUUCUUCAUCUUAAUCGUCUUCUUUUCAUUGUGAUUAUCAACCUUAACUGGUUAGAAUUGUCAUCAACAUCUUCCAACAUUUUGUGUCUCCUUUUUUGUUCAUUUUUUUCUCCAUCAUCAUCAAUAUCAUCAUCUAACCUGUAAACACAUCAAUGGACCUUAAAUUGACUCUUUUCUACAUCAUCAUCUCCUAAUUGAUUUGAUUUUCUAUUAAUUUUGUUUGUUUUUUUUCUCUCUCUCAUUUUCUUUCCUCUUGUCAACCAUUUUGUGGUCAUUGGUUUAGGUGUUUUCCUUUUAAAUCAACAAUCAACCGAGGAAUCAAAUCAACUUCUAUCCCUUAGACUGUAAACAAUAAUCCCUUCAAAUUGUUACAAUUUUUGCAAGGAUUAUUUUACCAGUGUGAUUAACCAUUAGUUUGUUAUUGUUUAAUCUGAAGGUGAUUCUAAUUACAAGAUGAUACCUUUGGUCGAUUUGAUUUUCAAAGGAUCUCGAGUGCGAUUAAGACGAUACAGUAUCGCUCUUAUUUUGAUGAGUGUCCUUGUUCUGGCGACUUUUAUGUUAAUUUCUCUUGUGCCAAGUGGAACUGAAAAGAGACCAGUUAAUGAGCCCAAUAAGAGGCCAAUUAAUCCAAAAUUUCAACCUUUAAUUAGUGGUGAUAAAGAAGAUAAUCAAGCAAUUCAAAGCGUCAACAAUAUCGGUGAUAAUGGAGUUGUUGUUGCUCCAGCUCCUGCCAGUGAUGAUGAUAAUAAGAUGGAUAACAAUUUAAUUAGAAAUGGGAACAAUAAAAUGAAACAUAUUGACGAAACUGCCGUUGCAAUGCCGACCUUUUCCUAUGGCGAUAAAUAUGCUUUCUUUGAAGAAAAUAGAUUGGGCAAUUAUGAAGAUAUCCGAUCACCAUUAAUGGGACGAAAUGGAGAUGCUGGUAAACCAUUUAAAUUAGAUGGACUGAAAGAUAUUGACCAUCAAGAGGUUCACAGUCUUAAAUCACAAUAUGGUAUGAACAUCGCUGCGAGUCAACUGAUUCCAAUGGAUCGAUCAGUUCCUGAUAUAAGAUUAGAUGAAUGUAAAUUCUGGCAUUAUGGUGAAAAUUUGCCCACCGCGUCGGUUGUUGUCGUUUUUCACAAUGAAGGUUUAUCGACUUUGAUGCGAACCGUUCACUCAAUUUUACUACGAUCGCCUCGACAAGCUCUUCGUGAGGUUUUACUGGUCGACGAUUUUUCCGAUAAAUUGCCUCUUAAAGAAGAGCUGAACAAAUACUUGUUGGAUCAUUUUGGUCCAUUUAAACACCAUUUCGAUCCAACUAGUUACAGUAAAGAGAAGGCUUUGCAAGGAGAAGAGCUCGAUGAAAGAUCUGGUAAAGUGCGAUUGAUUCGAAAUGUUAAACGAGAAGGUUUAAUCCGUUCGAGAUCACGAGGAGCUAACGAUGCCUUAGGGGAUGUUAUUGUUUUCCUUGAUGCUCAUUGUGAAGUAAAUCAUAAUUGGUUACCACCUUUAUUGGCUCCGAUUGCUCGGGAUAAGAAAACACUUACAGUUCCAAUAAUCGAUGGUAUUGAUUCGGAAACUUUUGAAUAUCGAUCAGUUUAUUCUCGUCCAGAUCAACAUUACCAAGGAAUCUGGGAAUGGGGAAUGUAUUAUAAAGAGAUUGAGGUGGACAUGGACAAGCAUUUGAAAACUCAUAAAGUCAGCGAACCUUAUGAAGCACCAACUCACGCCGGUGGUUUGUUCGCCAUCGCUAAAGAUUAUUUCCUCGAACUGGGAACUUACGAUCCCGAUUUACUGGUUUGGGGAGGAGAAAAUUUCGAACUUUCUUUCAAAGUUUGGCAAUGUGGCGGUAAUUUACUUUGGGUCCCCUGUUCUAGAGUGGGUCACGUUUACAGGCCAUUUAUGCCUUACUCUUUCGGCUCUUUAGCCAAUAAACGAAAAGGACCUUUAAUCAUUACCAAUUAUAAGAGAGUAAUUGAAGUUUGGUGGGACCAAAAGUAUCGAGAUUAUUUCUACACCCGUGAGCCUUUGGCCACUUUCUAUGAUCCUGGUGAUGUUUCCGCUCAAUUGGCGAUCAAAGAUAAACUUCAAUGUAAAUCAUUUGACUGGUUCAUGGAUCGAAUCGGUCAUGUUGUUUAUAAACAUUUCCCUGCCCUUCCAGCAAAUGUCCAUUGGGGCGAAGUGCGAAACAAAGCGACCGACAAAUGUUUGGACACUGGAUCAUCGGCACCACCACGAACUGUUCAUCUUUCCACUUGCCAUUCAUCGGGUGGUAAUCAACUUUUCCGUCUCAAUGAAGAGGGUCAACUUGGUGUUGGUGAGAGAUGUAUAGAUGCCGAUAAUCAUAAGAUGAGUUUAAUUUACUGUAAAUUGGGAACCGUUGAUGGGCCUUGGUCAUUUGAUGAACACACCAAACAAAUGGUUCAUACAUCGACCACCAAAUGCUUACAAUUUUUCAAAAGUGAUUCUUCCGUUAAAUUAACUAAAUGUGAUCCAAAUGAAGUCGCACAGCAAUGGAUAUGGAAAAAGAUAACACCCUACAAAGAAGAGGACUAAUUGUCAGAAUUAAUCAUCAUCUUCACUAAUUAAAUUACAUUCAAAGCCAAUCAACUCAAUUUCACCCAAACACAAAAUUUAUAUUCUUCCAUUGGAUUGAUUUGGAUUAUUCUGCAUCAUUAUUAUUAUUAUAUUUAAAUUACAUUCCUAUCAACCAACAACACGACCGAAAACAUAAUGUGCUCUUAAUUGUGAAGCUUCACUAAUCAAACAAAAUUAUAAUCCUCCGAUUAAUUAGCUCUCAUCUGUUGCUGCGUUUUUAAUCAAUUAUCUGUGAUGUGCCUUAUGGAUGUGUUUUUUAUGUACAAUUAAUGGGUUUCCCUUGAAAUUACAAAGAGAAACUGAACUGGAUCAAUUAAUUCCUUGA